AUGAAACUGCACUACACUAAAAUAUUAUUAUUUUCCCUUCAAUUAAAUAUAUUGAUGUUAUCAUCAUAUGCACAUAUUAAAAAAAAAAUAUACAUUACACCACAAAUACCAAUUACUACAUCACGAGUGUUAAGCGAAUGUGACGUACAAACGUCAAUUUAUGAUUAUGAUGAGGAUAUGAAAUCUGUGAAGGAUAAUUUCGAUCGACAAACCUCACAUCGUUUUGAAGAAUACGAAAAGCGUAUGAAUGUUAAACGCCAAAAAUGUAAAGAACAAUGUGAUAAAGAAGUACAAAAAAUUAUAUUAAAAGAUAAAAUCGAAAAAGAAUUAACAGUAAAGUUCGGAGCAUUACACACUCAUAUAACUAUUGAGGAUAUACCUACUUGUAUUUGUGAUAAAUCUUUAUCAGAUAAAGUUGAAAAAACAUGUUUAAAUUGUGGAGGUAUAUUAGGUACGGUUGUACCAGGAUGGGGUAUUCUAGGUAGCAUUGGUUUUUAUGGAUUUGUAAAUUCUAUUGCUAUUGACGUCGCGGUAAAAGAGGGUAUUGCUAAAGUUCUUCAUGAAUUAAAAGAAAUAACUGCUCUAGAAAUAUUACUUAACAAUAAACUUGAAGCUCUAGUUACUCCAGAAACAUAUGCAUGUACGAAUGCACUUAAUAAGUCUAUAAUGGCUGCAAAAUUAACAAUAUGUAAAGCAAGUCCUCAACCAGCUCCAUGUUCACCCAAAUUGUUUGAUCUUAGUGUAAUAGCUCCUAAAGUACAUAAUGCUACAAUGGAAGGUAUUAACACUGCUAAAGCUGCAGAGGUCAAUACAUGGAAUACUGCAUUUUCAUCACCUGCAUUUUUUUCUAACCCUAUCGUAAUUUCUGCUAUAGUACUAAUUUGUAUAGCUGUUAUACUUUUAAUUAUUUAUUUAAUUUUACGUUAUCGAAGAAAAAAACAAAUGAACAAAAAACUCAAAUAUAUAAAAUUAUUAAAAGAAUAG